GAUUCUUUUCGCCUCCCUUCCACGCCCUCCAUGGGUUUCCUAUGCGUACUUCAGAUGCUGAUACCCUUGGUAGAAGAACUGUUGGUGUUAUCCCAGCCUUAAUCACCUUACCAGGCAGCAAGACUUUUCUAGAGCGAGCAACUAAACCUGAGGUCCUGCAGGGACUUUGCGAAAUGCUGCUUGGUCUCCCGAGACAUCAGUGACAGCUUGUCUGGGUUUCAUCAGCUCACUGGGGCUGCAUUUCACCAGGCCCCUGUGCCAGCGUCAACAAGUGUCGCACCUACUGCAGGAACAGCCCUCAAGUUUCAUCACUGUGAUGCUAAAAAAUAUUCUCCAGCUUCAGCAAUGACCUAGUUCAUCCAAGGGCAGGGAAAAAUGCUCUUCUUCCAGAACUUCCCUGGGCACGGAAUUUUCCCUCUUAGGAAGAUAGGAGCUUUUCUGGAAACAGACCCAAGUGUGUUUUGACUCCUUCGUGGAAAAGACCCUGAGCCCUGUAGCUUCUCUGAAUCCCCAGCCCCGGGAUCAGGGGCACCCAGUCAAUGCUUCACACACAGCCUGGGGAGCCCACAGCCGAGCCAGCUCUCCUAGCACGUCUCUGGGACAAAAAGUACCGAAAACUUGGUGAAGGCAUGUCCGACAUAGAGAUCUGGAAUGGAGGGCCAAUGGUAGGACUUUCAGGCUCCAUGGGCCAGGGAGGAGAAGAUUCAUGUGGCAUGAGAGGAUGACAGACUCAGGAGGGCCCCAGAGGCGCGCACUGGGUUUUUUAUCUACGCUGCUUUCCCAGAAAGUUCCUGAGAAGUCAGACGCCGUCCUUCGCUGCAUAAUAGCUGGUCAGCCCAAGCCAGAGGUAACUUGGUAUAAGAAUGGUCAAACCAUAGAGGACUGUGACAUUGUUUCCAGCUAUGAAUUCUUCGAGAAUCAGUAUAUUCAUGUGUUACAUCUCUAUUGCUGUUCCCCAAAUGACGCUGCUGUGUACCAAAUCUCUGCUAAAAACGGUUCUGGAAUGAUCUGCUGUUCUGCUUCCAUUGAAGUCGAGUGCUCGUCAGAGGACUCACAACUGUCUCCUCACCUGAAAGAUGACAGGGACAGAGGUUGGAACCAUGGAACCGAGACAUCUGAGCAGAAAAGCACAGAUCCAAUUGAUGAGAAAGAGCAUCCUUAUAAGGAAGAAGAAAGUCCCUCCUUGGGUACUCCCAUGUCAGCUGAUUCCCCGUCCUCCAAAUGUAACCAUUUACGCUCACUCCAGUUACUGGCCAGGAAUGGCAGUAGUGCAUCCAGUUCUGAAAAUCCCUUGGAUGUUAAAGGAGUAAGACAAACUGAAGGGGCUUGCGAUCCAAAUGACACAGAGGGAGUUGCAGAUGGGUUGCUUUUUCCAAAUGCAAGUAAUAUUCCCGAUAAACCAGAAGUAUAUUGCCACGGGACAAUGCAGCCCAAAGUAUCAAAGUUAACGGAUGGUGCCUUACCCAACGACGGCCCAAAUGCUGAAGAAUUAAACUCUAGUCAUCAAAAUCCCAAGGUACAGAAAUACAUUAGCGUCAGCCUACCGCUGUCGGAGGUAGCCACCUCCAUCUACCCAGGUGACAGGGCCAUGGUCACCAAGCAAGAAAACCCACAGGAUUCCAGCAGAGAUUCUGACAGUGACUAUGAACUUUGCCCAGAGAUAACCCUAACCUGCACCGAGGAGUUUUCAGAUGAUGACCUGGAGUAUCUGGAAUGUUCCGAUGUUAUGACGGAUUACUCUAAUGCAGUUUGGCAAUUGAACUUGCAGGGGCCUGAGCAUGUUUUUUUAUUAGAAAGCGAUGACGAAGUGAUGGAAUUCAGUGAGUGUUGCCUGGGGGCAUGUGAGCCUUUCCUCAGUGAAAUGGGUUCUGGGCCUCAGGUGUCAGAUAACACUGGGCCGAUGGAGGCCACCACUGGCUUCUGUGGUUAUCACUCACAACCCCAAGAAGUGAGGGUAAGACGCCACCAAGUCUCUACCCACAGCCCCUCAUCCCCACAAACAGGGAUGACUCUGACUUUGGGACCUCAGCAGGAUGGAACGUCUACGGUGACAGACCAGGGGAGAUAUAAACUACCCAUUGCUGCUGCCGAAAAUGAUUAUCCAGGAAUUCAGGCGGAAACCAGAGACAGCCACCAAGCAGGAGAGGAAUUCGCCGGUGGCAAUCUGCUUGACAUGGAUAAAGCAGUGACCGAGAGAGAAGGAAAGCGCUUGUCUGGUGAGUUAGAAAAGUCAGGGAUGAACCAGCGUUUGGAGACCACGGCUGAGAAAACAGUAGAGGAAAAGGAUUUAUGGACCAAGAGGGGCUCAGAGAAAUCUGCCAGGGUGAGGAGACCAGGAUUUAAGGGAAAAGCCAAGAAGCUGAACCCCAACCUGAAAGACAGUGCAACAGACGGCACCCUUAAUCUCCUCUAUCCCAAAGAACCCGUUAAGCACCCACUAGCCCAGAGUGAGGAAAAAGAGAGUUCUCAUGCCAAAACAGAAGCUACUGAUCUGAAUUCCCAGUUCCAUGCAGGAGAAGGUACUAUUCCAACCCAAGCAGAGCAAGAAGCAAAAACCCUGCAAACCCCACCAGGCGCACUCCCCCAAAAAGGAAACUUGAACUUGGAAGGAGAAGGGGUACAGGUUAAUAACCUCUUUGAAACAAGCUGGGUUCCAGACCAGAGUGAUCACCGGCAGGUGCACAUUCAGGAAACAGCCGGGGAGAGAAUCCUUCUGAGCCAGAUGCCAGCUUUCUCAGAGCCUGCCAGGGAAGAGUCUGCAUUUACUGGGACCACAACAAAUUCCUUCCCCAACUUAGGAGAGAUCAAUGAGGAAAAUGCAUCACUGGCCCAACAUCUGGAGAUAGAAAGCUGUAUUCAAGGCCCACAGCAUGAAGAAAACCAAGACAGAGAAGACAAUGCACCUGGACAUUCCUGGGAAGACCAGGGACAAGAGCUGAGCCUCCCAGACGCUGAUCAUGCGGAUACAUGUCCCUGUGAGCUGGCAAUGCAUCUCCCCGAAGUGGGCAGCACUGACUCCAGAGAGCCUGAGGCUCUCUCUGUUGCUUCCCCUGGUCCUGCAAAUAUUGUCCCCACCUUGGGAACUGUAUGUGAUGGGACAAGAAGCAGAGAAGCAGCAUGUGUGGUGGAGCAUUUUGAAGCAGGUGACCAAGGAACAUGUGAAACCAUGGAUUCUCCUGUUCGAGCCCCAGUAGAUAAAUACUUGCCUCAAGAAAUUUGCUCCGUGGACUCAGAGCUGGUAGAACGUCAAAGUGAAGUAUCCGAUUUAUGUUCUCCUGAUGACAAAACACUGGACGUUCCUUUUCAAGCACAAGCUUCUGAGCCUCCACAGUCUGCAUGCGUGAGCAACAAUGACAGAAACUCGGUCACCUUCCCUCCUAUCAGUACCUUCCCCUGUAACAUGUCACAAAACGCCGGUGAAGGUGCCACAGGGGGAAAUCCAGCCGAGGUAGAGGAUUCUAGCUCCAUACUGGCCUCCAGAGGACAGGCUAGCCAGGAGGGGCUGAGACCUGGCAUCUCGGGAGGUCUUGAGGAACGACAGCCUCUGUCUCCCGAGAAGAACUCUUCGGUGCAAUUUGAAAAAGGAGGUGACGAUAGCCCCUGUACCAGUGCCCCGGAUACCUCAGACACAUCAGCCAGCCAUAGUUCAACUGUGAAGUUUCCUCAAGAGAUGUCAACCACAUUAAUUGAUAAUCUUGAGGUGACCAGGGAGAGUGGGGACACACCCACUGUUACCAUUGCCACCCAAGUCUACCCAGCCAAAUACCUGCCUGUUUCAAUUGCAGAGAACAGCCAUGCAGAGAGCCCUGAGCAGAGCUCACCUCAGGUACCAGAUGAAAAUGUUUUUCAACUUUCCAGUGGACCAUUGGGUCAUAUUUUAAAUGGUUCUACCAUUGAAUCUCCAAAAGAUCUCCUUUGCAUGGCUCCCAGUGGACCAGGAGUCCCAGUCUGUGUCCUCCCGCUCUCAGAGGGAGAAGCUUUCUAUAGCAAUUCCCCGCUUCACAUUGAUAACCAGCCUGGAGAUAAGAGCUGCACCAUGGACAGAGUAGAUGAUAGGAACCUUGAAGAGAAUUUCCAAGAAAAAGGAAGUGAAACAACAGAGAGAGUCCAGCAGGAGAACCUGCCCCACGAGGGUUCUCUUUCUGAAGCUAGUUUCCAAGAAAGUUGGCUUACGACAUCCGCUGGUCAAGGGGACAUCAACCCAGGACCCUUAGACCAUGCGUCACCAAACUCUGGAGAAGAAAGAGGGCAGAAGUCAGGCCUGGGAACCAGCGUGUCCCUGGUGGCUAAAGCUACUGUGGCAGAUGACAGUCAGGCUGUGAGCAGAGAUCUACUGCUCUCUAAUAUCCCCCCAGAGGAACCCAGACAGAGCGGACCAGGACAUUGGGAAGCAGGCAACAAACUGAAGAUUAUAACUCUAGAGGCUUCUGUUUCAGAAGUCUGGCCAUCAAGACAACUGACAGAUUCUGAGUGCAAGGAGUCAGAAGCUGGUGCUGUGAUUCCUGAUGGGGUCUGGGCUGUAUCUAAUGUUCCAAAGGCAGGUGCUGCUGGGCCAGAGCUGGACCUCUCUGAAACAGCAGCACUGGCUCAUAGUCCUCAGGCUGGGUCUGGCUCAGCCCUUGCUAAUAACAGAAAAAUCCGCUGUAGACAAUGGAGUAGUCUUUCUUCCCAGUAUUUGAACCAACCCAGAUUCCUGGAGUCGUCUGUGGACCCUGUAGAUGAGAAGGAAUUAUGUGUCACGGAUCUGCCAUCAGAGGCUCCUGAAACUAGAGGGCAGGAAAACGUUAGCAAUGUGAGUCAAAACCAAGAAGCAAACCACCUCAGUGUGGCUCACCCUACCUUCUUUAAACAGUUUCUGACCUUCCCUAAAAUCCUCGAGUCCUCUGUAGACCCCAUCGAUGAAACGGGUGUGGUGGAGUGGAAGGCGGAAACACAGGAGCCUUCUGAAGCCACUCUAGGGGUCAUCAGAGAGGAGACUACAUUGAAUGAUGGCCACUUGGGCCGGAGCGUGGACGUCCGACCUGCCAUCUGGCCAGUCCCAUGCCCCCAGCAAAGUGGGGGGACCAUUUCAAGUGAAAACAGCAUCAACAGAAACCAAGAAGCCAGUGACAGAGGGGAGGCUGGUCCACGUCAACACAACAAAGCAAAAGUGGACAUCCAAGCUGCCAUUUCCCAAGUCCCGUGUCCUGACAGAGGUGGGGAGACAAUUCCAAGUGGGGACAGCAGAAGUCAAGUACAAGAAGGCCACGGGAGCAGCUCAGGGGAGGCUGAACAAAGGAAAGAGCAUGAAGCAGAUUUUCUUUUCCCCACUUCCCCUCCUUCUAGCUGCCUCGCAAUGACUCCUGCGUCUGUUGGAGUUGACACUCACAACGCCACAGGUCAAAUUCCUGGUGUCUCUGAGAACGACUUAGUGGAGCCCAGAAACCCUCAAUGUGCGUUUUCUGACUCAGAGGAGAGGGGAGCUAUCAUGAGUAAGUGUGGGAAACACUUGUGUUCUCCCAGUGGUCUUCCUCAAUCACCUUUUGCUUUAUCUCCUGAGGGAAACAUCACAAACUUUUCAAUCAGCCACAAAAGUGAGGCACCUGAAACAGAGGAGCCCCAAAAUAGGGAAACCAAACCCACAAGUGCAUCUGGCUCCCCGGCAGUCACUUUGGCGUUCAUUUCAGGAGAAUGUGCAUCAGAGACAGCUCCUAAGACACUACAGGGCCCAGGUCAACCCGGUGCCACCCUGGGCCAUGGGAGAAAGUCAGGCGAGCAGAGCCUCACUUACAUGGCAGCCCAGACUGGCAGAUCCCCAGUGGCUGCAUCAGAGGAAGUCAAGAAGAAGCAGGAAAUCAUAGGAAGUGGAUAUUUAGCUGAGGGAGUAAAGAAGAAAAUCCUGUCCAAGGUGGCUGCCCUGAGGCUGAGAUUGGAAGAGAAGGAAAACGCCAGAAAGAACUCCGGCUUUCUUAAAAAGAUUCCUAAACUCGAAACAUCCGUAUCACACACAGAUGAGAAAAAAGACCCCAAGAAGCCACCUUGCAAAAGAGAAGGAAAAGCUCCGGUAUUGCUGAAAAAGAUCCAAGCCGAGAUGUUCCCUGAUCACUCCGGAAAUGUGAAAUUAAGCUGCCAGUUUGCAGAAAUUCAUGAAGAGUCUACUAUCUGGUGGACAAAAGAUUCAAAGUCAAUAGUACAAGUGCAGAGAAGUGCAGGAGACAACUCUGCUGUGUCCUUGGUCAUCUUUCAAGCCAGUCAGAAGGACCAGGGUCUCUAUUACUGCAGCAUCGAGAACAGUUAUGGAAAAGCGACUGCUGAAUUUAAUCUUACCACGGAAGUUCUCGAACAACUUUCAAGCCACCAGGAUACUAAAGGAUGUGAAGAGAUUGAAUUCAGCCAGCUCAUCUUUAAAGAAGACUUCCUCCGUGACAGCUACUUUGGGGACCGCCUGCGAGGUCAGAUUGCCACGGAGGAGCUGCACUUCGGAGAAGGCGUCCACCGGAAAGCUUUCCGCAGCAAAGUGAUGCAGGGCCUCCUGCCCGUCUUCCAGCCCGGCCACGCCUGCGUGCUCAAGGUACACAACGCCGUUGCCUAUGGGACCAGAAACAACGAUGAGCUCGUCCAGAGGAACUACAAUCUCGCUGCCCAGGAAUGCUAUGUUCAAAAUACUGCCAGAUACUAUGCCAAGAUAUAUGCUGCUGAAGCACAGCCUCUGGAAGGCUUUGGAGAAGUGCCAGAGAUCAUUCCUAUUUUUCUUAUCCAUCGACCUGAGAACAACAUCCCAUAUGCAACAGUGGAGGAGGAGCUGAUUGGAGAAUUUGUGAAAUACUCUAUUAGGGAUGGGAAGGAAAUCAACUUCUUGAGAAGGGAAUCAGAGGCUGGUCAGAAGUGUUGUACCUUCCAGCACUGGGUAUACCAGAAAACAGGUGGCUGUCUCCUGGUCACGGACAUGCAAGGUGUAGGAAUGAAGUUAACUGACGUUGGCAUAGCAACCUUAGCUAAAGGGUACAAAGGAUUUAAAGGCAAUUGUUCCAUGACCUUCAUUGAUCAGUUUAAAGCACUGCACCAGUGUAACAAGUAUUGUAAAAUGCUGGGGCUGAAAUCACUUCAAAACAACAACCAGAAACAGAAGAAGCCAAGCAUCGCGAAAAACAAAAUUCAGCCAAACUCCACAACAGCGAAGAAGGCGUCAUCCGGGACCCCAGCAGAAAAGAAAACCUAGCAUCCCAUGUGACCCGACAGCUACCCCCAAGCAGCACAGUCGUGUGGGUGGACGUCUGAAAACACCCAGGAGAGAACACGUAGCCUGCAGAAAGUGCUGUGACAAUCCUUAUUCCCAGCGGCCUCUAAAGCUGUCACCUGCCAUCUUCGUUGAAAUGACUUCGGAGCAGAGUUUGUGAUCAGACUUACGGAGAGACCGAAUCAAUUAUCAGUCUCAAAGACAGUCCAUCUUUGUACAUACCCGUAGCAUUUUUACCGACCUCGAGUUAUGUGUCGAUUUGUAUAUUUGCACGUGACUGUGUCGUCAAGGGCUUGGGUCUGUCCACAGCCCAAAUCCUCCCACGCCCAUUCCUAACCUAGACAUUAGUGGUUUCCUAGACCUAGUGGAUUUCUAGACACUUCCAGCUGUUCUUUAAACAGAAAACAUGAAUUCCUUUACCUGGUCCAGGUGUCCCACUGGUGUCGAAUACGCUAUUGUGGCUGGAGGUGGCUGUUGAAACGGGAGGCCAUGUCCCAACGUGAUCCACACAUCCAGUGAUAAUGUCCUGUUUCAUUAAAUUCAU